CUGGGGGCAGAAAACAAAGGGAAGGAGUCACUUUCAUUCCUUGAUUUUGGGUUUUCACAGGCAUCUGGCAGCCCACUGCUAGAAACAGAAGGCCGAGCUAAACAGGCCUUUGUUCUUCCAGGCAGGUCCUUAGAUUCUUUCACUCCUGUUUCACUUCAACUGCGCAAUACACCACACUUCUGUUUACCUGAGUUGCAUAUCUUGGGGACAAGCUUUCAUACCCUCUCACCACCAUAUAGAAAACACUCCAGAAAGGAGAGUGACCCAGGCAUGUGAGAAGAGGAGCUCAUGCAAAAGCCCCUGCCACCGAGAUGGAAGAGGCACCUUCCCACCCUCUUGUGACUUUCCUAAAUGUAGCUCCAAGCUACGUGCCCCACACCAAGGUGGAGUGUCACUACAACCUCCCAGCUGGCCUGAAGCCAUCGGCUAGAGAUUGGAUUGGGAUCUUUAAGGUGGAAGCCUCUUCAGUGCGUGAUUAUCACACCUUUGUAUGGUGCUUGGUGCCAGAUGGUAGACCUUCUGCAAGGGCCUUCUUUCACUGUAGUGUUCAGUUCCAAGCCAGCUACCUGCCUAAACCGGGGCCCCAGCAAUAUCAGUUCCGCUAUGUGGAUCGCCGUGGGGAGGUGCGUGGCCAAAGCUCCCCUUUCCAGUUCAGCGAGCCACGCCCCAUGGAUGAGCUGGUCACCCUAGAGGAGGCCAGCGAUGAUGGCGGAGGCACCGAUAUGUUGCUGGUGGUUCCCAAGGCCACUCUGCUAGAGACUCAGCUGGAGGAGAGCCGUCAGGAGCAAGGAGCCCUCUUGCGGGAGUCCUGCCGCUUGAAGGAUGAGGUUCAAGAGCUGCGGAGCCGCGUGGCGGAGCUGGAAGCCGUGCUGAGCUCUCUGAGGGACGACCACACCAAGCUGGCUGCACAGUACAAGGAAUUGUCAGAUACCUAUAAGGAGGUGUCCAAACAGAGAGACACCCUGAGCCUUCAAGAAACGGAGCACUUGGCCCGAAUCCAGGAGCUGGAAGGCGAUAUCCAGGCCAUGGGUGAGAAGAUGCUGCAGAGGGAGACAGAACUCGACAGAGUGAAGGAUACAGUCAAGUCCCUCCUCCGGGAACAAGAGCAGAUUCAUACUCAGCUCAGAGAAGAGAAUGCUGAGAAAGAACAAUACCAGGUGAAGCUGCAAGCCUCCGAGGAGGAGAGCCGCCACCUGGCCUCUGACCUGCAGGAAGCCAAGACCCUUCACGGCGAGAAAGUCUCACAGACUCUGGUGCUGCAGGAGGACAUUAACAAGCUGCAGCAGAAGCUGGCCGCCGCUAAUCGCCGCACCGCUCAGAUGGAGUCCUUGUGUGAGCAGCUGCGCUCCACCCAGGACAUCCUGGCGGCCAGCCAGCAGAAGGUGGCCCUCUUAGGGGAAGAGUUGGCUAGCGUGGCCUCCAUCCGGGACCGCACCAUCUCCGAUCUGCACAAGAGCCGUCUCGAGGCUGCCGAAACCAACAUCAAACUGGCUGAUAUGACCCUCAAGUGGAAAGAGGGGAAAGGCCAGUGGUGGAAGGAGAAGACCACUCUGCUGCAGAGCAUGGAGGUGGAGAAGGACAAGAUCCUGAAGCUGAGCGCCGAGGUGCUGCGCCUGGAGAAGAGCCUUCAAGAAGAGCGAGCACAGCGGCAAGUCUUGCGUAUGGAGUUGGCCCAAGAACGCGACUCCAGUCUGGUGCAGGUCUCGGAGGGUCGUCGAGAGUUACGUGAGCUGCGGGCCGCCCUGCAGGUUGCCCAGAAAGAGAAAGAGCAGCUCCUGGCUGAAAAGCAGGAGCUGCUGGUAUACAUGAGGCGCCUUGAAGAGCGCCUGGAGAAGGUCGCUGAUGAGAAAUGGAGUGAAUCUCUUCUGGGGGAUGAAGAGGACGGACCACAGGAAGCCACUGGCGGCCUGGAUUCGCCCUUGUCGGACUCUGAGGAUGAAUGCCCUGAGGACAUGCGCCUGCCUGCCAAGCUGGGCUCUUACACUCUGUGUGACAACCGGGCUGCCACCACCACCCCGCCCUGUGCCCGCGGACCUGCUCGUGCUGUGGUGAUCAGCCAGCCAGCGCCCAUCGCUAGCCAGAUCAAACAGCCGACAGAGGAUUCCAGCUCUGACUCGGAGGCGGAGGAUGAGAAGGCGGUGCUGAUGGCGGCUGUGCAGAGUGGUGGGGAAGAAACCAACCUGCUGCUUCCAGAGCUGGGCAGUGGCUUCUACGAAGUGGCCAGUGGGCUGACAGAACGCCAGAUGUCGGAACCUGGGACCUGCGGGAUGGGCGCCUCCCCCUUGGACCUGCCCUCGCCCGCAUUUUGGAAGGAAUGCCCCAUCUGCCACGAGCGCUUCCCUGCUGAAAUCGACAAGGAAACAAUAGAUGCCCAUGUCGAUGGGCACCCAUUUUUCAGCACCCACGACCCCUUCAUUUUUGAGUGAUCCUUUUCUUCCCUCCCCACCCACUGUGCGCCCCCUCGGUCAGUCUUCCCUUUCCCCCUUGAGUGGGAUCCAGGCUGUGAGUAUCUCCCCUCCCUUUCCUGCCCAUGGAGAGCUUGUUAAGAUGAAUGCAGUGCCGUAGUGGAGCAGCUUUGCUUGCUAGGUGGGGAAAAGGGGGUGCCAUUUUCCUAGCCCCCCCCAGCUGCCCCCAAAGCAGAGCAGUCAGAGUCAACUUGCAUUAGGAAAGAAAGACAAGAAUUGGCACAGAUGCAGACACUCACCCACACACAUAAGGAUCUGUAGGUAUAUAGUCAUAUAUAUGAGCACACAUUAAGGGGCGAAUAGCCUGUUGCCCACUGGAUGUUGGACUACAACUCCCAUUAUCCUUCAUCAAAAGCUGUCCCCAGUGAGGCUAAUAGGAAUAGAGUCCAUCAACAUCUGGAGGGUGACCGUUCCCUCACCGCUGCGCUAAACCAAAGCCAACUAUUGACAGAUGAAAAAACAACAUUAAAUGAAAGAUGUCGUACCUCCUGCAGGUGAAAAAACCUGUUUAUAUAUGAUUGGUUAUCUAGAGGUAUCAAAGAGAGUUUUGGGAGAAGGUAGGAUACUGUCUUUGAGUCAUUUUAACUUUGUUUCUCUGUCCUGUUCUUGGUUAUCCCAGCAUAAGCCAUCACGUGAAUGUAGGAAGUAGUGAAUCUAGCUGUUCUCCUUUGGUGGAGAAUUAGUCCAGCAAGGGUGUGUCAGUGAAGUACCUUGUUCUAGGAGACUCCCUUGUUCCACCAGUUCUUGGGAACUUCUGGAAACCUCAGUGGUUUCAGGUUCUGGCUGUGGAACUAGAGGUCGAGAGUUCAAUUCCCAAGUGGUGCCUUCUUGACAGAGGCUUGGCUUGAUGAUCCAUAGGGUCCCUCCCUGCUCUGCAGUUCUAAGAGUAUUAUUAAUGUUGUGUCUUGGUUUUGGGCAUGGUUGGGUGUGUCACAAAAUAAUGAGCACAUUGAUAUAUUCACAGGAUAAUAAUCUAAACUCAUAGGCCCUCACGUUUCUGGGCAACACACAUGGGUCAGUCCCGUCCAUUAAAAAAGGACGAUUGUCCUGACAUCACAUACAGGGUUUUCUUCACUCUUGAGAUCUGGUGGGCUACAGGAUCUAUGGACCCACAUCCUAGAAUAAAUGAAACAAAUUCUCCAUAAAUCAUAAGCAGUAAAGAUAUCUGCUUCUAAAAUAAUCAUAGAAAAGUUUACAGGUGUCAGACGAAAGAGCCAGAUGAGAUUGGGAAUCCAGUCUUGUAACAAAUUAACUAAUGGUUUAUCACAGAAUGCCAUCAUAAGGACUAGAAACAUAGGUGACAUUGGGGAUUUAAUUUAUUCUAAAAGGAAACCAUAGGUGAAUUUAGAGGUGGAAACUAUACAAGUGUGGAAUACAAAGGCAUGGGUUUAGAGAGUCUUCCCUAGUCGUCUGCUUUUGCUAGGUGGUUGUGUGGAUUUUCACACACCCUCGCCCCAAAUUUCCACCUUAAGAA